AUGGCGCGACUCAAUAACACGCCGUCACCACGAAAACGCCAGGAACCACGGGCACCACUUGGGGCACAAACAAAGCCAGAGCGUGGACUUAGCAACUUUUCAUUGCCGAAGACGACAGGGAACAGCACAAGCAGGGGACUGUUUGCUGAAACACGGACGACAAAGGACAAUGGAGCUACGAAGGAACCAUCUUCCGCAAGAACACAAUCCCACAAAAAGAGCAAAUCCUCACUCGAUUUCCAAAUCUUCCCCGACAACAAUGCCUUGUUCUAUGACGAAGCUGAGGAAACCGAAGAAGAGCACAGUGACACUAGCGAAUCUCACACCUCACCAACCUUCUCUCCCUCCUCUUCUAUCGGCAGCAUCUCCUCCCACGACAAGACGAAGAACCCGCUGAAGCUCGCGCAUGUAAAUUCGAUGUUACUUCCAAUGCCGUCACCUCCGUCGCCGGUUCGCCAACGCCGUCAGACCCGGAAGUCAGAGAUACUCGAUUAUGCGAAGGAGAACGAUCCGAUUGAGGAGCCGGGAGAUGACGAUCUUGAAGCCGCGUCCUUGUCGAGGAGCUCGUCAGACGCUUCUUCGCGGCGGAUACCAGUGCAGGGGAACGUACGCCAGAUACCCGGGGGAAGGAAUCGGAACAACAAUCUGUCGUUUUCGAGCUACCGGCAGCUUGAAAUAGAGGAAGCAGAUUCUGAGGAUCCUGAGGACAAUGGCUCCGAUCUGGAAGGUUUCAUAGUCAGCGAUAACGAAGAUCUGAGCUUCCAUGACGUAUCGGAGAACGAAUCUACAGAAGAAGAAGAAAAGAUGCCCUCACCUCCACCUAAGCCAAGGCGACGAUUGAUGAGGGGCAGACGGCCAGCAUCAACAGGGGAGCCAAAGCCAGACCCAGAGCCAGAGGAAGUAAACAGGAAGUCAUGGAAGGUGCCAAAGGAACAAUCACCCAUUAUGGAUACCAUUCCUCCUAUGGGCCCUACGAGCACGCGGCUUUCCCAGGAAAGUUUCAAUAUUAAUGAAGAGCUUGACAAUCUGAACCUGGAUGAUAAUAACAAUGAUCCUUCUUCUCAGCUUUUCAAUGACUUGAAUGAUGCUGUGAUAGAGCUUAACACUUCUCCUAAGAAGCCGGCAUAUGAGCCGCCGAAUCUACAAACACCACCAUCCAGCCCAUCGAAAAACAACCGUCUUCGCUCUCCUACGAAGAACAAAGUCUGUAUACCCCCUACCCCAUACCGCGAGAGUACCGACGCCUUCUGGAGCCAGGAGACGACCAAUGACUGGGUCGACCAGCACUCCCCCAAAAAGUUGGACCAGCUGCUGCGUGAAUUCAAAGAGUCAGACGACGAACACAACCGUGAAAGAUCAUUUGACAUUAUGCCCCGGAGCCGCAACGUGAAGGGCAAAGAACCCAAGUCGCCCAGCAAAACGGCACAGAAGAAGGCCGAAAUCGAGCACAGGAAAGCCCUCAUGGCGCGUAAAAAGUCCUUUGAUGACAAAAAGGCCAGUCUCGCGUAUGACUUCCUCAAGGUUCUCGACAUCGCAGUUGCUGGCGGACAGGUCCAAGAGAUGGCCAACGAAACUGGCGGCGUGAAAAUCGUUUGGAGUAAAACCCUACAAACCACCGCCGGCCGCGCAACCUGGAAGCGUGUUCGUGAUGAUAAUGGCUGCGAUGCCCGUAAACCAACCAAGCAUUACGCGAUUAUCGAACUAGCGGAACGCAUUAUCGACAACGAAGAUCGGCUGAUCAACACCCUCGCGCACGAGUACUGUCAUCUGGCCAACCAUAUGAUCUCCAAAGUCUACAACAACCCGCACGGAGCAAGCUUCAAGCAAUGGGGUCUGAAGUGCAAGCAGGCCCUCCAGGACCAUCCUGUCUACGCUGGCCGUAUUGAAGUCACCACCAAGCACAGUUACAAGAUCGACUACAAAUACGUAUGGACUUGCGUCGACUGCGCGCAGAACUACGGACGUCACUCGAAGAGUAUUGACCCGACUAAGUCGCGCUGCGGACGGUGCAAAGGUAUUCUGCAGCAGAUAAAGCCUAAGCCGCGAAAUGUGUCACCAAAGAAGAAGCCAGCUGCUGGUGCUAGUACUGGCCUCGGUAUUGGCGUUGGUGGCGCUGCCGCUCAGGGAUCUCGUCUUUCGCCGGUUGACACGAAGGCUGUUGAUGAUGUGAUGCAGGUUCUUGGGGGUGUUAGCUUGCAUUGA